AUGAAGGACUCCAGAAGGAAUAGUAACGUUUCUACGCCUGCUGAGAGUGUCAGCAAGUGGAAAAUCCCCCACUACUACCGCAAGACGCAUUCUUCAAGCUCGCCCGCGGCAAAUGCUGCAAUUCCGGCGAAUUCAACAACGACAUCGACAACGACAACGACAACGGCAUCAUCUGCCUCUUCAGGCCGAACAGGUGUUUCGCACGGUGGUAAUGGGAAUGGGAAUGGGAAUGGGAACGGCAACAGCAACAGCAAUAGCAACAUCAACAUAAUGACCACCCCACAGCAUGUGCCAUUGGAAAGCAAGGGCAAGCGUAACCCGAAGAGAAAGCCUCGCAAGGGCGAAAUGGUGUUUGUGAACUACACGGUGAAAGAUUCGGAUUCACAGGCUCAGGCUGAGGCCGAGGUCGAGGCCCAGGAGCAACAACAGUACCAUCACCAGCACCAGCACCAGCAGCACCAGCAGCACCAGGGCAAGAAAAAGUCAUCGAAGAGUAGAAUGCUCAAGAUCUUUAGUUCCGGACAAGACCGGUCCGGGGCUUCAACACCAUCGUCACAAGCUACAAAACGGUCUUACAGCUCGUUUUUCGGGUCUGGGUCUACCAUCACCUCGCCUACCGUUUCGGUGCCGUCCCGAGAAGAUUUGGUCCCCAGCUCUUCAGAAACUCAGCCUGGUUUGAACCGUUCGUUAAGUUCCAAUGUGGCCCUCGUUAAUACAAACGGCAAGGCAUCGCUUCUAACGUUGGGUAGCGCUGCUUCUUCACCCACAAAGGACAGAGCAUCCUCUCAGCUUUAUCAUACCCAAUACGACCCGCACUACGCGGAUCAGUACAACGAAUCUACCGUCUAUCCAACGGCAAUACGUCCCCAUUCCAGCAGUCUGCAUUCAUCGCUAUCCCCACGUCUGGGCGACGAAAAUGACGCCUCCAUUGCAUUCAGUAAAAUGUUCACUCGGAAACGGGCCAACACUGGCGGGUCCAUGAGUUCUCUCGUUUCCAGUGUAACGUCCAACAACCACCCCAGCUUGCAUAGAAACAUGUCGACAAAUUCCAUUUCCUCGUUAGCGCAAAAGUACUCACCAAUCCGCACUUCGUCACCUGGGAAAUCGGCAUCGUUGAGAAGAUCCAACUCCAAUCGAUAUUCUCGCGACUUCUCUUCUUUCCAUAGCAACCCAACUUACGGAACAGACCUCAAUAUUGGUCUAGAUUCAUUUCUGGAUACCCAGGCUAAGCAAAGGUACUCUCACAAGAAAAAGCAGGAGUCUUUUUCAGAAGUACGAGGCCCAAGCACCGUCUCUUCAUUGUCUUCUGCUUCGACACCGUGCUUUUUCGAUACCGGUCAUAUGAACAUCGAUAAAGGGCAAGAAAGACAGAACAGUGUUCUCUUCUCACUGGAUCGUGAGAGCUCUUUGGAAAAUGAGAUAUUGGAAGAGAAUGAGGAAACUUCUUAUUCACCUGAUGAAGCUCCAGCUCUAAAAGGGAUUCAUAAAGCCCGUACCGGGGGUUUCGAAGAAAAGGAUUCUGAUACUGUGUCUUUGCCUAACACUAGCCACAGCAGUGUAACUAUGUUCUCAUCAAUGGUCAAUUCUCAUUCGACAUUGGAGAGCACAGCUCCGGUAAUGAAAGGUUUCGAUCAAGCCGAUAUCCCAGUUUCGAGUUUCCCAUCUAAGUUUAGUUCUGGAACUCACAAUAAUAGCCAACGUUCAGCCUCUGAGAGCGUAUCGAAUGGUCAAAACGAUAGUUUUUUGAACUUGUACAUGGAAAUGGAUUUUGGAUAUGGUGCAGAUUCUUUUGUGGGUCAGCAAGUCAAAAAUGGUUUGCCAGAGAACGACAUGUCAGUAUCCAAUGCGCUCUUUCAAGGAGAUGUUUCCACUAUUCAUUCCAUCGCUAAUAAUUCUCCUGCUACGGUAACGAACCAAGCAGGCAAUAGCAUAAAAGCGGAACACUCAGAGGACGGCUUGCAUAAUGAAAACGUUCCUUACACGAAUUUCUCCAGUCGCAUAAUGCAUGAUAUUGACCAGAUUACAAACUCCAUCAACAAUGGCGAAAACACUGGUAACUUUAAAAACGAUUGGAACAAUUCAUACUUUUAA